CAGUACUGUUUCCGUUCAAUUGAACGUUCCAGAACGUAAAAGCGUAGUUACUGAACGCAGCCCUGCAGACAUUUGCUAGUGUUGUUGAGCGAAAGCGAAGAAUGUUGAAAUAUUUCGUUCGAUGGACAAACUGAAAAGGCAGAAGAUAUAGUUAGAAUAGCUUGCCUCAUCGAAGUAAAGUAUCGAGCUAGCCAAGGAAUAACGUUACAAAAAUGUCUUCGCCAAGUCCAGGCAAGAGGCGAAUGGAUACCGACGUGGUGAAACUCAUCGAGAGCAAGCAUGAGGUAACCAUCCUCAGCGGACUCAAUGAGUUUGUGGUCAAGUUCUACGGCCCACAAGGAACACCGUAUGAAGGAGGUGUAUGGAAGGUGCGAGUAGACCUACCAGACAAAUACCCCUUCAAGUCUCCAUCUAUAGGAUUCAUUAAUAAAAUCUUUCAUCCCAACAUUGAUGAAGCGUCAGGGACGGUGUGUCUAGAUGUCAUCAACCAGACGUGGACAGCCCUGUAUGACCUGACCAACAUCUUUGAGUCAUUCCUGCCCCAGCUGUUAGCCUACCCCAACCCCAUCGACCCUCUCAACGGAGACGCUGCCGCCAUGUACCUGCACCGGCCAGAGGACUACAAACACAAGAUCAAAGAGUAUCUCCAAAAGUAUGCGACAGAGGAGGCUCUAAAGGAGCAGGAGGAGGGAGGUGACUCCUCAUCUGAGAGUUCCAUGUCUGACUUCUCUGAGGAUGAGGCUCAGGACAUGGAGUUGUAGUGAAGGGCUGGCAACCGCCCUCCCCUCACCCACACGGACUAUCAUUUCCUAAAGAGCAGAAGCAAACUAUUAUAUUCAUAUUUAAACAAGGCAAUUGUUUUAUUACUAAACAAACAAUGAUUUUUAUGGAUUAUAUGUAUGAGAAGUGGCGGUGUGAAAUGUCAGUCUCCCCCUCGUCUAGGUAUUCUUUAUUACUUACUCAUAGCCCUCUACCAACACCACCCCACCCACAUUAUUACCCCCUCCUACCCAGAAAGGAGUGCAGCAUUCCCAGGAUCCUCGAUGCCCUCCUGCGGUCUGGGUGAUAUUCUGAUUAACCUUUGACCCAACCAUGAUGGAACCGACGAUGGGGCGAGAGCAGAGCAUCAUGGGAAGACGAGACUGUCAGACUUUCGUUGUCAUGACGGAGACAGGGAUGGAAUGUUUACUCAGUACCCCCCCCCCCCCCCACCACAGUUUAUAUUUUUAAUUCUCAGAAUUGUUCUGUAUUUGGUGAAUGAAACACUGUUUCAACAGUUACAGCUUUUUUUCCCCUC